UGGUAUUAGGUGCUGUCAGUAGUGCCCUAGUCGGAAUAACCAAGUGCCCUAGUCGGACUAACCCCACCCAAAUAAGUGCGGCGUGGCACGGGUAUCCCCUAUUAUUUCGGCGUUUCGUGAAUAUCACUCCUUGUCGAUACUCGAGCUUGCUUCGUUAGCAUUUACCGCCCUGGAUAGCUCGUCAUAACGGUCACGCAACUCUUCCUGCCCCCGACACCACAUCCGCCAUCACAAUGCCGAUGAUGAGGCCAUGUCCUCUCCUUACCCGUCGCCAGAUCGAGGGCAUGAUUGCUGAGGGUCGUCUUGUUACCAUUGUGGAUGUAUAUGUCCUCAAAAUGGAUGGGUGGAUUAAGCAUCACCCCGGCGGCGACAAAGCCAUAAUGCAUAUGGUUGGCCGUGAUGCAACCGAUGAAGUUACCGUUCUGCAUUCUCCCGAGGCAAGGGAUCAGAUGAUGCGUUAUCGCAUUGGCAGAAUCGAGGGCCGCUGGAAGAAUUUCGUGCCACCGAUUCAGGGAGGCCAGUUUCGAUUACCAGAUGAAGGCGACGAUACAGAGCCUAGCCAGCACAACCGACCAGACUCCGCCAAGUCAGACGCUGAAUCAAUGUGCUCUAGCGUGGCCAGUUCGCGCGAAACGUCGCCCGUUUUCGAUGUCGACGAAUCAUCCAUCCGCCGUCGUCGGGGCGCACGAACGAUAGCGGGAUCCCCUCCGACCUCGACAACUUCAGCGUCUACCGAAGAAGAUGAACUUCAUAAUGUGACGCCCAUGGGGUUCCUCGACGCCGAGACGAGGAAAGCCAUACAUCUAGAUCUGGACAAGUAUCCGUCCCUUGACGGAGACACGCAGGCCAGUAUCGUCCGAAAAUACCGUCAAUUGCACGAAAAUAUCAAGGCAGAGGGGCUUUACGAUUGCGACUACUCUUCCUAUGCCAUAGAAGCCGGUCGUUAUUGUCUACUCAUGUUCGGGGUGCUCUUUUUUCUGAAAUGGGGAUGGUACGUCCCGAGUGCCGCCUGUUUAGGCGUUCUUUGGCACCAGCUCGUUUUCACUGCUCAUGACGCCGGACAUAUGGGCAUCACGCACAACUUUCACGUCGAUACCUGUAUUGGCAUUUUCGUUGCAGAUUUCAUUGGUGGCUUGUCUCUAGGUUGGUGGAAACGAAGCCACAACGUACACCACAUCAUCACCAAUUCCCCGGAACACGACCCUGACAUCGAACAUAUGCCCUUCCUGGCCAUUUCCCAUCGCUUCUUCGGCGAUCUUUACUCGACAUAUUAUGAGCGCUUGAUGAAGUAUGACGGGUUUGCGAAAGUUCUUCUCUCGGUACAGUCCCGCAUGUUUUAUGUGAUCAUGCUUUUCGGACGCUUCAAUCUCUACAUUCUCUCUUGGGACCAUCUUAUUUUCCGUCGUGGCCCGAGAAGAGGCCCUGCAUGGUGGCAUUGGUGGGCAGAGAUGGCUGGUCUUGUUUUCUUCUGGGCCUGGUUUGGCUACGGUUUGGUCUACCGGUGCAUCCCAACGGCGUGGGAUCGCCUCGUAUACGUCCUCGUUAGUCAUAUAUUGCAAGCGCCUGUGCACAUACAAAUCACGCUCUCGCAUUUCGCUAUGAGUACGGCUGACCUGGGCCCGGACGAAUCUUUCCCCCAGAGGAUGCUUCGAACCACUAUGGACGUUGAUUGCCCGAAGUGGCUCGAUUUCUUUCACGGUGGACUACAGUUCCAAGCUAUCCACCACCUAUAUCCUCGCAUCCCUCGCCACAACCUUCGACGAACGCAAAAGCUCGUGCAGGAUUUCUGUGAUGAGGUUGGCAUACCCUAUGCACUGUACGGCUUUGUGGAUUCCAACAAGGAGGUCCUUGGUAGGCUUGCAGAUGUUUCAAGGCAGGCCGCAAUUCUGGCCGAGUGCCAGAGAGUCGUGGCUAUAGGAGCUUAGUAUUAUAAAGGUAUCUAGAAGCUAAGUCUAGUAUAUAAGGCGCCUACUAUAUAACUUUCUAAUAUAAUACUUUAUUAUUAUUAGU